AUGUGGUCUUUCACUGUAUACGGCAGCAUCCUAGCCGUGUUUUCGCUAUCUCUGUGCGCCGUCUCCGCAAACGAUCAGCACACAAGCGAUUCUCGUGGUGACAUCUGCGACUACCCCAACUGCAGACCAGAACCUCAAAUUCCAGCAUCGCGACCACCACCCGGCGGCAACUGGCUCGGCUUUGGUGCUGAGGUCUACAACAACCAUUGGGCGGGAAGCGACUCCCUCAUCGACAUAACCAGUGUCAAAACCCUGGCUACUGUUUGCCAGAAGAAGUACGAACCUGGGCUUAGCGCUUCGCCACUAAUCGAGGAUGGCGUUGCUUACUACAAUACGUUCGGUGGCUUGCUUGUGGCACUCGACUACGAAAACUGCAAAGAGAGAUGGACGUUGAACGUCACUGAGUUAAUUCUAAGAGUCAAGGGAAACAGCGACGGAGUUCUGGCAACCGGGGGCGCACUGGCGUCGCGUAGCACCCCGGUGGCUGAUGGGGAUGUACUAUAUUUCGGCACACUUGCAAGAGCCUUGGCUGUUGCUGUGAACAAGCGCUCUGGGAAAAUCAUCGACACGCUCGAGAUUGGCAACCAUCCAUUAGCAAUCCUCACGCAGUCUCCGACGGUCUACAAUCAUCGUGUGUUCUUUGGGGUGUCAACAACUGAAUCCGGCGGCCCAGCUGCGGAUCCUAGCUACAACCUCACCCACCACGGCUCCAUGAAUGCAGUGGAGCUCCGUCACGGCCGUCUGUCGCUUGUUUGGACGACCGACAUGAUUCCACCCGGCGCCAACUUCUCUGGGGCUUCGGUCUGGGGCUCCCAGCCGUCCAUCGACCCCAUCCGCAAUCAGGUCUUUAUCGGGACGGGCCAGCUUUUCUCGCUCCCGGAUGAGUUUGCUGAAUGUCAGGAUGCCAAUAAGAACCUGCGCGUACAGAUGGAGCAUCUUGCCAACGAACCUUGUCUCCCACGAAACGUGUACCAGACCUCAGUCCUUGCCCUCGACAUUGACACCGGGGAGAUCAACUGGUAUCGUACACUCGGUGCCCUCGAUGCCUGGAACGCAGCCUGCAUCCCCCAGUACUUUGGCGGAGGCCCAGGUGACCCUCCUGGUCCUAAUUGCCCCAAGAACAUCGGCAACGACACCGACUUCGGCAUGGCGCCUGCUUUUGUGCUCGGCUCGGAGUACACUCCAAGGCAAAAAGAUAUCAUUGUCGCAGGCCAGAAGAAUGGGAAUCUGUACGCCUUCAGUGCACAAACCGGAACCAUCCUGUGGGCUAUCAAUGCUGCCCCCGGUGGCCUCGAAGGCGGUCUGAGCUGGGGUAUUGCGGUUGAUAAGGACACUGUCUACUACACAGGAAUCAACACGGACCGGCACAACUUCACACUCUUCCCCUCCAACCAGACGGUUUCUAAUUCUAUUUUUGGUGCUGUCAAUCUAAAGGACGGUAGCCCAAAGUGGCAGAUCGGUGCUCCUCGAAACAUGUCUAGCACUGUCAUUCCAGUCGUUGUUAACGAUGUCGUGCUAACGGGAACGUCAGGGCGGUGGGAGGAAGGCAGUCUCUCCGCAGUGGGGCCCGGAGAUUUCAUCGCCCUCAACAAGUUCACAGGAGAGAUUCUCAGAGAUGAUGUGCUAGAUGCGUUCUUCCACGCGGGUAUCGCAGUCGUGCAAGAGUAUGUAAUGUUCGGUACUGGAUACGGCGGUCUAGAGGCGGCACAGAAUGGUUCGUUCAACGUGUUGAAGAUUGGAUCAGCGCGCCCAGCGAGUGGGGGUGAUCCUGGUGAUUCUGGCAACAAUAUUGCCGAGUUAGAACGAAAGAAGGAUGAAUUGGCUAAGGGGAAGAUGGAUCUUAGGAAGAAAAUCGAGGAGUUGGAGAAGCAGGCUGACGAGCUGGACAGAAUGAGAGAUGAGCUUUGA